AUGUCCGCUGGCUGUCUCCAAUGCUCGGCCUCCACAGUCUGGGACGCCAGCGUCGCCUCUGCCGUAUGUACAUCCUGUGGCUCUCUUGCCGACCCAUCCCAGUCGCUUCUGUCUUCCUCGUCGUACCUGCAUCAGAAUGAUACCUUGGAACCUUCGCUUUGGGAUCCAUCGGCUUCCACGACCCUCAAAAGUCUCCGCACCCGCAACAAUUGGGACCUCGCGGGCCAGGGCAAGGAAUCAAGGGACAGAAAGAAUUCGUAUGCUAUUGCCGAGUUCAUUAAAUCUCUCGCGGUGUCACUCAACGCUUCCGGUCUAUCACCGCGUGCUACAACUCUCUUUAAUCAGGUAAAAUCCGCCAGUAGCUUUCGCUGGGGGAAGAAGUCUAGGGCCGUAGCUGCAGCUUGUUUGGCCAUCGCUUUGCGCGAGUCCAGCCGUCCCGAUUCACUUCACGACAUUGCUUUAAUAGCCGAUGUCCCACCAACUUCUAUUUCACGCCAGUUUAUGGCCAUUACAUCGGCACUCGGUCUAUCUCUCCCCUUCGCUGAUCCAUCCGUGCAUAUGUCUACUCUCCAGGCACAUAUCGCUUCUGCAAUUCAUCAAGAUUCUAGACAAGACUCUUCCCUUCCUUCUACUCUGGUCAACUCUCUGGGGAAUGUGUGCUUACGUUCUGCUGCCAAUAUCGCGACUGCCCUUGGGCAAACCCUCGCCAGACUUUGUCCCGACCAUGAUGUCCUCCGGUUGCCUACGCCGCCCACAGCUUGUGGUAUAUUCAUUUUGGCAUUAGAAGCCGAAAAACGAGCAGUCUUUAAUCCACUCAGUGACCUUGCACAAUACCUGGGCACUCCCAACCACGUUUCAAAAAACGUCGUUAUGGCGCGUUACAAAUCCAUUCAGGACAUAAUUGCAACAUGGAUCGCAAAAAUACCUUGGUUGGAAAAAUAUGAAAACAAAAAUGGUCGCGCAAAAAAUUCCAAACGUCUCAUAGUGGCUAGGGGUUUGAAAGACGCAAUAAAGUUUCAUGAAGACCUUUUUCAACAAAAAUCAAAACCAUCACUAGAACUAGACCUUGAGGUAGAAGAAGAAGAAGAUAACUGCAAUCAAUCUAGUGGAACUUCACCACCGCCCUCUAAAAGACCAAGGCUAAGCAGUCCAAUGUCGCAUGCUGCCCAGUUUCUUCUCGACCCGACUGGGACGUCAUUGUCAUCGCAUCAAGAACGGUCCACCUCUUCUCUGAUGUCUUACCUUCCACUUGCUGGCUACAUUCUUGCUAGUCGAACUGGUUCCCCCGCCUUCCAGGCGCCUACCCGCUUGCAGCUUCUCGCCCAUGAUCGCGGUGGCGUGGAUGAAGCUCAUAUUCCCGAUGAAGAUCUUUUCGUUGAAGGAGAACUCGAGAAGCUAAUCCGUCCGGAUUCAGAAAUCUCGACACUUAGAGAAAAAUUCGGUUGGUUAGAAGACGAAGAUGAGAAUAAUCUGCACAAUGACCAACAACCGGGACGUAAGAAGUACAAUGCAUCAGGAAAGAAUGAUGAAAUCCUACACGGAACGCCUUUAAAUCCGCGAAAAAAAUCGCGUCUCAAUCUGGAAGCUCUUGCACUGUUCAUGGCUGAGCGUCAUCAUGAAGACAACGGCCCAGACCUCAGCGAAAAUACCUUCAAUGACAACUCGUUUGAAGCGGAAGACAAUGUUCUUAUCUUGGAAGAUGAGCAUCGAAGCACCAUUGCUGCUGGCCUAGACGCUAGUUUGGUCGAUGACGACGAUGAUUUACACUCAGCCGACGAAACUACUACUUCAAAUGCGUAUCGUCGUUAUUACGCGUCGCUGAUGUCUGGAGACACGGUAGCUCAAGAGGCAGAUUUUGCCCUUGAAAAUUGGAGUCCACCAACACUUGAUCAUAUCGUAUCGGAUUCUCGAUACCAAGAAGAGUACGAUUAA